AUGUCUCGCCCCAUCGGCUUUUUUGACUUACACCCAGAGUAUACCAGUUCGAAGGAUUCAGUUUUUGAAUUCAAGACGAUGUUCUACGCUAUGAGACCCGCUCAACAGAUCCGACACAUGAAUCAAGCGUUAAUCUGUCUCCUGCAGCCUGCAAUAUCCACGCCUCCGGAUGAUCUACUGCUCUGGUGUGAAGUACUCUCCGAGGUAGUGAAUCCAGAUUCAGAAUUCAAAAGGAUUAAUGUUGCAAUACUCUAUGCUUUUCACACUUUCAUCCUGCAAAACUACAAGGUCGAAAUUGUAAAGAGCACAAUCAUGAAAAGAGUGAAGAAGACUAUGUUGAAAUUACGCGGCGAGCAGGAUACAGAGUUCCAAUGGGCGCAGGAGCUCUAUCACCCGGAGAAAGGUCUUUCGGAACCUUUCAAAGACAAAAAAAAGUUCCGCAAAAUGUGGGAGAAGGACGAAACACAGAAACAUAUCAGCCCAGACUAG